AAUUUAAGCAAAAGCUGAAAGCAUGGUUGUGUCGAUUUUAUGUUUUAGUUUGCUGUCAAUAUGUCUUUAAAAAUGAACUUCAUCUGUCUUGCUGUGAUGUUUUUCGUUCGGGUUAGAGGAAUAUGCAAGACCGAUCUCACUGCUGCCGAACAGGCAUUCGUUGAUAUGCAUAACGAAUUAAGACGUCUCCACGAGGGUAUCCCAGAUCUAUGUUUCGGUGAAUCAGAUCAUACUCACAGAUUCAAUUCAUUGGAAUGGGCCAAUGAUCUGAUCCUUUCGGUGGUUGCAGCAACCGAACAUUUCAACAUAAACCAUUCUGGAAAUGAAUUUACCGGAGAAAAUAUCUAUUAUCAAAGCACUGUGAAUCUCACCACGCCAAUAAACGCUGACCUUGCUGCAGUUUUACGAUGGUACGUUGGAGAGAUCAAAUAUUGGGAUUUCCACUUAUCUGCCUUAAAGCGCGGACUUAAACUGUCUGAUACGAUUCAAACUGGACAUUUUACCCAGAUCGUCUGGAAGAACACAAAAGAAGUAAACUGCGGGUCGUCAGCUGUAGAAGGAACGGGGACGAUGGUAGUCUGCCAGUAUUUCCCAGCAGGAAAUGUGUUAGGUCAGGAGGCUGAACAGGUUUUGCCCCUUCUCAGUGGUCAAGAAAUUACAUUGGACGAGGGACACAAGAUGACAUCGAACGUUUUGAAGAAAGCAGCACGUAACCAAGGGGAUUUAGAGAUAGGAUUUAUUGAAAGUGUUAAACCCGAAGAAACAGACAAACCCGAAGAAAAAGGCAAACCCGAAGAAAAUAUCAAACCCGGGGAAAAUAUCAAACCCAAUCAUUCAAUCCCUGCCAUCAUUUUUAUGGCAAUCCUAUUUCCAUUGAUUCUAAUAGGAAUAUGUGUGUUUUGGAAGUCAUUGAAAGGAAGACGUGACAACCGAUGCCUCGUACAAAUGCACAACGAUGCUAACCAGAGACUUCUUGCAGCAAAUUAAAUUAAAUACUUUGUGAAUUUAUUCGUGACUUUAUAGAAGUUAAAUAUCUAAUUUAAUAUUUUGAAAGGUUUGACGCUUGACAUUUUAACUAAUAAA